GGGAAGAAGGAAGGAAAGGGUCGCUACACUUCUCACAAUGGGGAUUUGUAUGAAGGAGAAUACAGAGAAGGCAAGCGGAACGGGGUUGGGUUGUACAAGUAUUCCAACGGCGAUGAGUACGAGGGGCAAUGGCUCCGAGGGAAGAAGCACGGGCAAGGAAGAAUGUCGUUUGUCAACGGAGCCAUCUAUGAAGGCGGAUACAAGGAGGACAAGAAGCAUUACAAGGGGAUCUACAGGCACGCCGACGGGUCUUGCUACACGGGUGAGUACAAGGAUGGCAAGCCGUCGGGCAGGGGAGUGUACAUCUUCCCGACGGGAGAGAGGUUUGAGGGAGAGUUUGUAGGAGGGUUCAAGCACGGGAAGGGCACAGUGACUCUGACCGAUGGGAUGAAGUACACGGCCAAGUAUCACCUGGGGAAACGA